AUGGUAAGGGGAAAGUUCAAGAGCAAGCCCACCGGUCAUCGCCAGUUCUCCACUCCCGAAGAUCUUCUUGCUGGUACCUCUACUCGUCCUCGCACUUUUUCAAAGAAAGAAGCUGAAUAUGACAAAGUUGAAGAAGAAAUUGUAGAAAGUUCUGAAGAGGAGUCCGGAGAUGAAUCGGAAGGACAAGAUGAAAAGAAGAAGGGAAUUCAAGGUAUUAUUGAGAUUGAAAAUCCUAAUUUGGUAAAGCCAAAGACCUUGAAAGCUAGAGACAUUGAUAUUGGAAAAACAACUGAACUCUCAAGGCGUGAAAGAGAAGAGAUAGAGAAACAGAGAGCCCGUGAGAGAUAUAUGAGGUUGCAAGAACAAGGAAAAACUGAGGAAGCAAGGAAAGAUUUAGAGCGUUUAGCCCUUAUAAGAGAACAAAGGGCCGAAGCUGCUAAAAAGAGAGAAGAAGAAAGAGCUGCCAAAGAACAGAAGAAGGUGGCAGCCCGCAAAUGA